AAACUCAGACGCAUACUUUCUCUCUCUCUAAAAGCGAUUCUCUUCAGUCUUCCAAUGCAAGAGAAGAGAAUACCUCAAAUUCCUCCAAAUCCAAAUCCCCAAUCUUUCUGAUUUCCAGGGUUCUGUUUUUUUCUGAGCUAGCUCAACUUUUCAGAAGCUCAACAAAUUCUCCGUACCCCUGUGAUUUGUAUUCAAGCUAACCCAGUUGGUUUCAGUAGCUCGGAUUUUCUUGCAGCUUCUGAGAAUUAGAGUUUUCGUUAUGUGCUGAGUUAAUUGGAGCUCGUUGGAAGUUAUGGCUUCCCUAGUUCCUGUGUGAUGAAAGUCGUUUUUGGUAUGCAUAAUUGAAUGUUCUGAUGGUGUCUAGUGUUUAGUAAGUCAAGGAGAACUUUUGUCAUGUGAUGGUGUUUCACAAUAUGUGGUAAUGCUGGUAAAUGGAUUAGCUUCAUAGUAGUCGCCUGUUAGUUCUAUAAGCUUUUUAUGAGAAAUAUGCCUUCAUGGUGGGGGAAGUCGUCAUCCAAAGAAGCAAAGAAGAAGUCAGGGAGCAAGGAAAGUUUCAUCGAUUCAUUACAUCGGAAAUUUAAGUUUUCAUCUGAAAGUAGAGUGAAUGGUAGAUCUGGAGGGUCUCGAAGACCAUGUAGUGAUGCCAUUUCGGAAAAGGGGUCUCGAUCUCCUCUAGAAUCAAGAUCUCCUUCACCCUCCAAACAAGUUGCAAGAACUCAAAGUUUUGCUGAAAGGAGUAUUUCUCAACCACUUUCACUUCCUGGUCAACAUCCUGCUCAUGUCGGACGUACAGAUUCUGGUUUUAGUAUAUCACCAAAACCAAGAUCAGAUAAAUGCUCCAAGCCAUUAUUGUUUCUACCUCUCCCGAGACCUCGGUGCAUUGGUGGGAGGUCAAAUCGUGCUGACUUUGAUGAUGGAGAUAUGAAUACUGGUUCAGUUUCUAGUGAUACCUCUGUUGAUAGUGAAGAUCCAGCUGACUCAGGUCUCCGCAGCCCUCAGGCAAUUGACUAUGAAAGUGGGACUAGAACUGCAGCUGGCAGUCCUUCCAGUGUGAUGCUCAAGGAUCAGUCCUUCACUGUGGCCCCAGUAAUCUCAAGAGAGGCAAAAAAACCAGCCAACAUUUCAUUCAUUAAUCAAAUUUCCCCUUCAUCGCCUAAACGGAGACCUUUGAGCAGUCAUGUGCCAAAUCUCCAGGUACCUUAUCAAGGAGCUUUCUGGAGUGCUCCUGACAGCUCCAUGUCAAGUCCUUCUAGAAGUCCAAUUAGAGCAUUUGGAACUGAGCAAGCCGUGAACUCUGCUUUCUGGGCUCCAAAAACUUAUACUGAUGUCACCAUAGCAGGAUCUGGCCACGGCUCCAGUCCAGGUUCUGGUCACAAUUCUGGGCACAAUUCAAUGGGAGGGGAUAUGUCGGGACAGUUGUUUUGGCAGCAAAGCAAGGGUAGCCCCGAGUAUUCUCCAGUACCUAGUCCCAGAUUGACAAGCCCUGGCCCAGGCUCAAGAAUUCAUAGUGGUGCUGUUACACCUAUUCAUCCCAGAGCAGGUGGGGCUCUCAAUGAUUCGCAGACAAGCUGGCCCGAUGAUGGGAAACAACAAAGUCACCGUUUGCCUCUUCCUCCAGUAACAAUUUCAAAUGCAUCACCCUUUUCUCAUUCAAAUUCAGCAGCAACAUCUCCUUCUGUGCCACGAAGUCCUGGAAGGGCAGAAAAUCCAGCGAGCCCUGGUUCUCGGUGGAAAAAGGGGAAGCUGCUGGGUAGAGGCACAUUUGGACAUGUUUAUGUCGGUUUUAAUAGGUAUAUUCAUAUGUAUUUGCUCUCUCUCUCUCUCUGUCUCUCUCUCUCUCUCUCAAGUAACUAUAUUAGUUCUAUGUGGUAUUUAGGGUUUAGAGUUGACCUAGUAAAUCGAGACCCAAAUAACUUCGAAAAUAGCUAAAAUUUUGAUCAUAAUUAUAUCUUCUCAUCAUGAUGACAUCCAACGGCC